AUGAUAUCAUCGAUAAUUAUGGAUGUGAAACGAUUGUAUCAAAUUCAUUAUUUCAUUAUUCUCAUUCAACUACUAACUAUAUGUACUGUAUUCUUAUUACAACUACAAUUAGUUGCUACAAUAGAUAGUAAUAAUACAGACGAAUAUUACACAACCAAUGAUUUAUUUAUCAUUGAUAGCUUAUCAACAGUAUGUUCAAAUAAAUGUCCAAAAUUUUGUAAUAAUCCUGAAUUAUUGGAUUGUUCGGAAUUAGCAAAAGAUCCAUGCGAAUGUUGUACAGUUUGUGUGCAUGAUACGGGUGAAUCAUGUGGACCUGGAAUUGGUGCAUGUCGCCAUCCAAAUUUUUGUCAACCAAAAUUGGAUCAAAAUGGAAUUGGCAUUUGUAUUGGUAAGUUUUUGGCUUGA